AUGCUGCCAAACAAGCCCGCGCAGCUGCUAGGCAAAGUGCCGCAGCUGCUGAGCAAAGUGCCGCAGCUACUGAGCAAAGUGCCGCGGCGCGCCUGGCGCUGGCUCGUACGCAUCGCCCUGCUGGCGCUGGUGAUUCCACUGCUUCUUCAGUGGAUCAUCGCCUAUUUGGUCGGCGACGAUGCCCGCAUCCUCCCGCCCCAACUUUUGGCCGCCAAGAACCUCCUGAUCGUGACGGCACACCCAGACGACGAGUGCCUCUUCUUUUCGCCCAGCAUAUUGGGCGUGUUAGACCGCAACAAAGCCGUCACUGGUGGUCUUUUGGUCAUGUCAACAGGAAACAACUACGGCAUUGGCGAGACACGGCGCCAGGAACUGUUGGGUUCUUGCAAGGCCCUGGGCAUCCUUGAGAAACGAUGCGUCGCUCUCGACGAUGCCGCUCUGCAGGACAGCCCCACCGUCUGGUGGGACACGGCGCUGAUCGAGUCUAUAGUCGACAAGCACGUGAAGAAGUGGGAAAUCGAUGCGAUAAUCACGUUCGACGAAGGUGGGGUCAGCGGGCACAUCAACCACAGAGCUGUCAGCGCUGCCGUCAGCAAUUACGCCCUAAAAAAUCCCAAUGCGCCUGUUGCUUUCGCUCUGACGACCACGGCACUCCCUCGCAAAUACACAAUUCUAGGCGACCUGCCGCUGACAGCGCUUCCUUUUUUCUGGCGCAUCCUCGCCGCACUCACCUUUCCCACCUCGACCGCCACAACCAACGGCGGUGAGCGCGCCCUGGUCGCAAACACCUGGCAUCGCUACCUCCUCACCCGCGACGCUUUCGCUCAGCACUCAAGCCAAUACACUUGGGACCGCCACCUCUACAUGGUCGUGAGCCGCUAUGUCUGGUUCAACGACCUCAAGAGACUGCCCACAAAUGCCGACCAGCCACAGUAA